UUCCCAGCAAGCCACCAGGAAAUUUCAAAGUCGUUAUUCAAUCCUCUACGUCCUUUCUAAUAACAUGGGAGGCCAUAGCACAAGAAUUUGUCCACGGCAUACUCCUAGGUUACAACGUCACAUUCAUAAAACAUGGCUGGGAUAACGAACGAACACCCAUGUACAAGAUUGUUGAGCCAGGUACUCAUACCUUAACGCUGGAAGAUCUUGGCAAAUUUACCACCUUCACAAUUUCGGCGUGUGGCUUUACUUCUAAAGGAUGUGGCGUGCCAACUAGUCAAGUAACGGCUCAAACAUCAGAAGACGUUCCUUCGAUGCCACCUCAAAAUUUUCAAGCUAUAAACCUUACGUCAGAAAAUAGCAUAACGCUAACCUGGAACCUUGUACCGCGCGAACAUAUAAAUGGUAUCUUGGUUGGCUACGUCAUCCGCUACCAACAAACGUCAGCGGCUGACGAGAAAGUAAAAACAGGCGAUAUAAAGACUAGGUAUCUUGGUCCAGGUACCAGAAAUAUUGUGUUUGAUGGUAUACCACAAUAUAGCGUGUGGAAAUUCCAAAUAUCUGCCAUUACAAAUGCUGGUGAAGGAGACCCUAGUAGCUUCACAUACGGAGCAUCAUGUCGGUGCCCCAAAAUCCUCUAUAGCAACUUUUUCGUCCAUCCUCCAUAUUUGACUGUCGACGACGACGGCUCCUUCGAUGGCGUGUUCUAUAACAUCACUGAACAAAUGAUUAAAUGGGCUUGCGGGAACUGCAAAAAUGGCCACGGAGAGACAGACCUCAAUAUGAAAAGUAAUGGCAAAGGAGGAGAUGCCUAUAAACCGGGCGCGAUUGACUUAGUCGACGACAUUGAUGAUAUCCCACAUAUCAGCUUCCCUGUAUACGGCAAUAAAUACAUGGAUAAAUACAUGGGUAUGUACGAGUAUAUACAUUUCAUGGACUCGCCAGGAGUUGUCUUCAUCACUAUCGACAAUCCAGCUGGCACAGCAGGACAACGAAUUAUCACUGCUGUGUUCGGAUGCUUGCCGUUGCUGUUGAUAGCAGUGCUGAUGGCUGUUCUAGCAGGAUUCAUCGUCUGGUUCCUCGAAUUUAGAAGCAAUCCUGAGCAAUUUAGUCCUAGCUUCUUCAGUGGUUUUUGGGAUGGAUUUUGGUGGGCAUACAUUUCCAUGACAACCGUGGGGUACGGCGAUCGUUUUACCGUGACAGAUGCCGGAAAAGUGUUUUCAAUGAUUUGGACAUUAACCGGUAUCGUCAUCAUUUCCAUGUUGACGGGUUCCAUAGCAACUGAUCUGACAUCCGAAACUGUCGAACAAGAUAUUAUGCUAUAUGGAGCAAAAGUUGCAGCUAUUCAUAAUUCUUCAGAAUACCGCUUAGGGAUCCUUAAAAACGCCAAAGUAAACACAGACAAAAAAUACGGGAACUUCGAGGAACUCAAGCAAGCGUUAAGGGCUCGCCAAGUUCAAGGAAUUCUGAUCGACUUGUACGUAGCAGCUGAAAAUCAAAAAAGCAUUUUUGAUUCGGAAAUAAAAAUAAAAAAGAUAUUGGAUAAAGAGUUUGGUUAUGGGGUCGUGCUUUCUGGUGCGUCUGCCGUUGUGCAACAAAGAUGCAGAGACUUCAUCAAGAAGAACAUUGCUGACAUUACCAAGUUGAUAGAAAGAAAAACUAAAACUAUUGAGUCUAACGAGGAGGACGCUUCAGAAGGAGAAGAAGAGAUCAACUUGUUUGACAGCAAUUCUACAAUGUUUCGAAGUUUUCUGAUGUUUUCCUGUGCGUUCUUGGGUUGUGCAUAUAUACUUGGGUUCAUCUAUCAUUUCGGCUGGUAUCUGCCAAAACGGCGGGCAAUAUGCAAAGUGCAUCAAGGAAAUGACGAGAAAAGCAAGGAUAACUGUGCAUUGUAUAAAGACGAGCUUCUUCAAGAAAUGCAUAAAAUGGUGGAGGAAUUUCACCAAACACAAAUGAAGAAACUUGAAAAUAUGAAGAAAAGAUACAAGCAGGAAAUUUUACAAAUCCUCAAGAAAGAGAAAAGCAUCACCAAUAAGAAAAGUUUUCUUAAAAUAGGGGAAGGAAAAAUAUUAUUUUGUCUUAAAGAUCAACAUGGAGUGCGAGGGCUAUCGUUUAAACAGAAAACAUGAGUCAUCUUUGUGUUCAUUUCAGAAACUGCAUGUAAAAAUAUUAUAAAGUGUGGUAUUUCAGACCGACAGAACGAAAAACGGAUAUAUUUAAUACAAAAAUAUCCCCAUAAAUUUUCUAUUAUCUGAGGCUGGAUCUAACGUUAUUCAAUCCAGUCCAAAAUGAGAGAAAAUGUAUGGGGAUUUUUGGAGGCUAAAUCCCUUAUGUCUCAAUUUCUAAAGCUUGAAACAGCCUUAAAGUUGUCAGAAACCUAGAAAAUGUCAUGAUCUUUCCAAAUGUGAACAUUUCAAAACUGAAUUCCAAAAUUUGGAAUUUGACGAUGUCACACUUCACGAUACGAUAAAAUUACUAUUACUUGCUAGUAAAAGAAAUGAAAAACACACGCACUCUCGAACGCACUAGAAGUUCAUUUGCCAUACAAUGCAAGACUUUUAGUUAGUAUGAUAGGGCCGUAUGAGGAGAACAGAUUAAAAUCACGUUUGCAUGUUUAUUACAGUUUAUUUUAGUUAACAUUUACUUUGAUCGAUCUGCAAUUAUUUCCAAGAUAAUAGACGAAUAAGAAGACGCGUGGCAGCCAUGAGUGGGAUGAUAACAAACGCGACUUACGAAUUUUUUUUCAAUUGUAUAACUGUCUGUAAUAAUUAAAGCUAAAAAGCAUAAAAGAGACGAAAAACAGGCGUCUCACAGAAAGUCCAAAGUCAAGACAAGAUAGCGGUUGUGAAAACCAGGUAUAUGCAAUUCAAAACGUUUGAAUGACGGAUCUUGUCGAAUAACCAGUCAGAAGACGCUUAUGGAUCCCUUGUAGCACGUCAGAAUGCAGCUAAAUUUGUUGAACACGAAAUGGUUUCCAAUCAAAUUCUCAUGAGAUAUAUUGAAAUUCUUUUUGUCGUCCAAAUCAAAGSUGGGAAGGGGUCUAUUACGUCUGCUCUUGAUUCUUCAAGAGGAAUUUUGAAACUCCCAGUUAGUGAAAAAAUAAUUUUAUUAAAAUCACAAAGAA